AUGCCGGAAGGGGAUCCCGGGCAGAUGUUCUUUCAGCAAGCUAGCUCUCUCAUACCGGAUAUUCUUGAAGACGAUAGCAUAAGAUCCAUUCAAGCAUGUUUCAUCUUGAGCGCGUAUCUCAUGCCCAUGAACGUGGUAGGCACUUCUUAUCUCUAUAUGGGCAUGGCUUUGAGAAAAGCCCUGUCUCUUGGUCUACACCAGAAUCCAGACGAAAGGUUAGAGGAACGAGAGCGCGAAAGUCGACGUCGUCUCUGGUGGUCUAUUUAUUCAUCGGAAAGAUGUACGGCUAUCAAACUGAACAGGCCUCGCUCUGUACUAUCAACCUCUAUCGAAGUUCCAUUACCAGCUCCAUUACAAGAUCUUGAUAGAGGUCAAAAGUUCAACAAUAUUCUACUACAAAUAGCAUACGCUCGAUUGAUAACCAUUAUGGAUAUGGCCGUAGAUCUAGAGUCAACGACAGCGGAUGAUGGCAUCAACGAGAGGGUUACCAGUCUGGAGGACAAUUUGAAAGAAUGGAAGAACUCCUUGCCUGAAGGGUUCAGUCUCGACGCCAUCCCUCCUUCAGACUCACGAUACCGUGCUGUCUUUCACCUCUACCUGAACUACUACUAUACUCGUAUCAUAAUGGGCAAGGCAUCUCUCAUCAGAAUCGUGAGAAUGACCUUGCGAUACCACCUGGGGCAGGAUGCACAGCCAUGGAUCAUAGAUGACGCGACUGAAAAGUUGGCGAGAUCGUGCAAAAGAGCAUCCAAAAAGCUCCUUUAUCUGUUCGAAGGCCUAGACGAAACCAGUGGUACGACACGAUCAGCCUUCACUUAUUUCCAGGCUUGCAGUAUUGCGACUAUUGUUACACUUAUCGCAGGCAUCUUGGAACGCGGAUUUGGAUACCAACAGCGAGUUGAUCUGGGGCUAGGCCUUCUGCGAGGCAUGGCAGCAGGAAAUCCGACAGCUGAGAUGGGCGUUAAACUUGUCGAAUCUCUCCAAUCCAUUUCAGACGAGGCUUCGCGGAAGCUGAGUCUCUCAAGACAACCAUUUGGGCAACCUCACAAUGAGGAGCCAUUAUCGGCGUCCAGAUACAAUGACUGGACCGAGUGGCUCGCUAAUCAGGGGCAGCCACAAGCGGAUGACGAUGUGUUCAUGCAAAGCGCAGCUGCAUUACAGCCUUUUGUAUCGUCGAUGAUGCCAUCGAGUUCCCUGAUGGAGUCAGAGCCUGCUACAAGUCUUGCAAAUGACGGUGGAUUGAGCCUAAGAGCUUUGGGGAUGCUGGAUUCUCUCAUGACGAGGCCAUCAGUGCAACAGCCUUUACUUGCUCUUCAAUUGGAUUUGCCGAACUUCAGCCAUCAAACAACUGAUACCGACGACGAUCAAGCGAUCUUGAUGAGUCUUACUGGUCUAGACGUGUUGGAAUUCGCAGCACUGUCUUCUGGUGCGGUAGAAUAG